AUGUUACUUGACUGUAAUACUAAGAUGCAGAGAAGACUACUUUUCUUUUUUUGUUGGCUAUUGUUCCUCGAUCUUUCUCGAACAGUCAAUCCAGGUUGCUCAUGCAUCAUUUAUAGUAGUCGAUACAACCCUCAAGGUGGUACAUUCACAUCACCCGACUUUCCAAAUCACUAUCCUACAAAUAUCGACUGCCUUCUUUAUACAUUUCACGGACGGCAAAAUGAGAUUAUAGAACUGACGUUUCAUCAUUUUCAUACUUUUAGUGCUUUCCCUAAUUGUACUCGAGGCGAUUCACUCAAAGUUUUUCUGCACGUCGAGCCUAGCAGCACAGGGGUGUCCGAAUACACACCUUGGUCGAGUCUGCUUUGUGGCAGUUUUCAGGACAUACCUCGAGUACUUUACAGCUCAGGAUCGACUCUCGUGUUCGAGUUCCAUACAGAGAGCGCAAGUGCAAAAACAAAUAAUACUGCCGCUGGAUUUUCAGGAACUUUUCGCUUUAUUGACAAACGUAUUUUCGAAACGGACGGAAAACUUACACCUAAUAAGAUGUGUGAUUAUCAUUUUAUUAGUUCACAAUUUACACCUCAAUAUGGACGCUUUUACUCACCUCGAUAUCCAUCGUUUUACCCGGAAAAUAUCCGUUGCUCUUAUCAAUUUCGCGCCAGGAUGAAGGAGCGUAUACGUUUGGUUUUUGAAGAACUGUCAUUGCAAAAAGGUGACAUAAGUUGUCUGAAUAGAGCUGAUUUAAUCAAGGUGCACGACGGCAAUGAUCCAACUUACCCAACAAUAGCGGUACUAUGCAACGAAGAUACGGAAGUGGAAGUACUGAGUACGGGCUCGGAUUUGCACGUCGACUUCAUUGCAAAUUCAAAAUGGCCUGGUAAAGGCUUCAAGGCUAGCUUUCAAUUUCAACCAUUCGAUGAUAUAGUUGCAGAACCAGAGAAGGUCGUCCCAGGGGCAGCUACUGGAAAGUCGAAGUACUCGCUCAUCGGACCUGCAGUCAGCGCUACUACAUCGUCCUGUGAUAUAAUAUUUAACAGUGACACGACGAAAACAGGAAUAGUUACUUCCCCCAACUAUCCGAAUGCGUAUCCAGCAAGGACUAGAUGUAGAUAUGAUUUUCAAGGUAGAGGAAAGGAAAGAAUUCAAAUAACAUUUCAAGAUUUCGAUGUCUAUCGGUCGCACGAGGAUUCAAAAAAGUGCGAAUCUACGGAUUCGCUAAUGGUCUAUGUCUUGAUUGAUGGUAAAAUGGAGAAGAUAGAGUCUUUUUGUGGUGAAACGCAGCCAAGACCAUUAAUGAGUAAUGGACCACGUCUGCUUCUUGAAUUCCGUGGACUCACCUCAUCUCGACAUAUUCGCGGAUUUAAGGCAACUUACUUCUUCACAGAAAAUUUUGGUAUUACAACGGGCAAGCAGGAGCCAUCGUAUCCCUGUGCCUUCGUAUUUAACAGCAAUGAGACAGUUAAUGGAACCUUUGUAUCACCUAAUUAUCCAGGAUUUUAUCCACGUGAUACCGAAUGCCAUUAUUUCUUUAAUGGACAACCCAAAGAACGAGUUCGUCUUCAUUUUAAUUACUUUGACGUGGAAGGUGUUCUACCUUGUGAUGCUGUAUCAGCGAGUGAUUUCGUAGAUUUUUCAAAUUACCUGUCCAGAGACCGGAAAUACUCACGACACUGUGGCCAACUGCAGGCAUUUGAUGUCGAAUCUGAUCGCUCUUUCUUCCGCCUGACCUUUAAAAGCAAUGAUCGCUUAGACGGUACAGGUUUCAAUGCCAGUUAUAUUUUCAUCAAUGAAGAAGAAAACAAAACUGUUAAAAUUCCAUUAAGUGCCGCAUCAGAUUAUUGUUAUUCAUUGGCAUUGAUAUUUGCGCCUGUCCUGGUCAACUUGGCUUGCGGCUGA